AUGGCUCAUGCAUUAACAUUCAACGAUCAAACUCUACGAAAUGAAGAAAUAGUUUCACUCAAUCAACAUAUCGGAUUGUUACUCGUUGACUAUCUUCAAGGUUUAGAUGUUAUUAAUUAUAUAGAGGCAGUAAAUGGUUCUGUACAAUUUCAAAACAUUGUAGUAUCGAAACACAAAUUCUAUCGAAUUUUUAUGGAAUUAGUUAAAAAAGAAAAUGUAACAGUUACUAUGCCUUAUCUUGAUUUUUACUUGGAAGAGUGUUCUUUCACCACCAUGGGAUAUUUAUAUCCCAAUCACUAUCAUCACGAACAUGCUCCUGUAAUGCGUUCAUUCAUUCAUUCUACAUUUACGGUGAAAGCUUUAGAAAAACUAUGUUGUACAUACAAACAUCCAUCAUUUCAAUGUUACAGCCGUUUGUUACAAUUUAAUUCACAGUCAUAUGCUGGUAAUUUAAUUGUUCUUGAUUAUUUUAAUUACAAAUAUUCAACUGGUCCUUCACGUGAAUUAAACGUUCAUGAACAAAGUCUUUUCAAAGGUAUGAUUUUUAAGAUUUGUCAAGCAAAGAGAAAAAAUGUUCAUAUGGUGUAGCGUACGAUAUGCCAUUGUAGAUGAUUAAUUGCCUGGUUUUAUGAAGAGUACAUAAGAGAAGGAGGAAAGAGAAGAAAAGAAAAAAAUGACUUGUAUUCGAUAAUGUUUAUAUAUGACCAAUGCAACGAGAUUAAAUGAGAAUUUUAUAUAAUACUUUUUAAUCUAGAAUGUCAAUUGUUUCGACCAUUAGCACAUAAUGUGCUAAACAAGAACUUAAUAUUUGUGGAACAUAUUUCAGAAUUU